AGAGCGCCGAGAAGCGCGCUAGAUUUUAUCCUGAUGGCUGACUCUAAACCACUCUUCUCCCCUGAUGGGGACCCCAUGGCUGCAGAAGCCUUGCUCCGGGAUGUGUUUGGGAUUGUUGUGGAUGAGGUCAUUCGGAAAGGGACCAGUGUCUCUGAGAAGGUCUGCGAGUGGAAGGAGCCGGAGGAGCUGAAGCGGCUGCUGGACCUGGAGCUGCGCAGUGAGGGCGAGGCGGCUGAGCGGAUCCUGGCACGGUGCCGGGAGGUGAUCCACUACAGUGUGAAAACCUGUCACCCGCACUUCUUCAACCAGCUCUUCUCAGGGUUGGAUCCCCACGCUCUGGCGGGGCGCAUUGUCACUGAGAGCCUCAACACCAGCCAGUACACUUAUGAAAUCGCCCCUGUGUUUGUGCUCAUGGAAGAAGAGGUGCUGAAGAAACUCCGGUCCCUGGUGGGCUGGAGCUCUGGGGAUGGGGUCUUCUGCCCUGGUGGCUCCAUCUCCAACAUGUAUGCCGUGAACCUGGCCCGCUAUCAGCGCUACCCGGACUGCAAGCAGAGGGGCCUCCGGGCUCUGCCGCCCCUGGCUCUCUUCGCAUCAAAGGAGUGUCAUUACUCCAUCAAGAAGGGAGCUGCUUUUCUGGGACUUGGCACUGACAGUGUCCGAGUAGUCAAGACAGAUGAGAGAGGGAAAAUGAUUCCUGAGGAUCUGGAGAGGCAGAUCAGUCUGGCCGAGGCCGAGGGUGCUGUCCCGUUCCUGGUUAGUGCCACCUCUGGAACUACUGUGCUGGGGGCCUUUGACCCCCUGGAGGCAAUUGCUGACGUGUGCCAGCGUCACGGGCUGUGGCUCCAUGUGGAUGCCGCCUGGGGUGGGAGCGUCCUGUUGUCACAGACACAUAGACAUCUCCUGGAUGGGAUCCAGAGGGCUGACUCCGUGGCCUGGAAUCCUCACAAACUUCUCACAGCCGGCCUGCAGUGCUCAGCUCUUCUCCUCCGGGAUACCUCGAACCUGCUUAGGCGCUGCCACGGGUCCCAGGCCAGCUACCUCUUCCAGCAGGACAAGUUCUACGAUGUGGCUCUGGACACCGGAGACAAGGUGGUACAGUGUGGCCGCCGUGUGGACUGUCUGAAGCUGUGGCUCAUGUGGAAGGCACAGGGCGGGCAAGGGCUGGAGCGGCGUGUUGACCAGGCCUUUGCCCUAGCCUGGUACCUGGUGGAGGAAUUGAAGAAGAGAGAAGGAUUUGAGUUGAUCAUGGAGCCGGAAUUUGUCAAUGUGUGUUUCUGGUUUGUGCCCCCCAGCCUGCGGGGGAAGCAGAAAAGCCCCGAUUACAGUGAAAGGCUGGCUAAGGUGGCCCCGGUGCUCAAGGAGCGCAUGGUGAAGGAGGGCUCCAUGAUGAUCGGCUACCAGCCCCAUGGGACCCGCGGCAACUUUUUCCGCAUGGUUGUGGCCAACCCUGCGCUGACCCGGGCUGAUAUGGACUUCCUUCUCAACGAGCUGGAAAGGCUAGGCCAGGACCUCUGAGCCGCCUCCUCGCUGCUGGCCCUGACACCCCAUUUCGCUCUCACUGUCUCUGCGUUUCCUUCCUGUGUUCUUAAUAACAGAGGGACCUUAACAACCUUGAUAUGCCUUGACCCACUAACUCUCUUAUGAAAUAUUUGCUAUUAGGAGGACAUUUAAAUAAAUUAUAGUAUAUCUAGAUCAUGGGAUGGUUCUCUGCCAUUAAAAUUAUGUUUAUAAAUAAGAUUUUUAUUGAUAGGAGGAAAGAUAAUUUUAAUAUAAUGUUAUAUUGAAAAAGCUGGAUAUGAGACUUUGUAUAUAGUAAUAUCUGAGUGGUGUUUAGACAUACAUAGGAGAAGACCGAUAAAA